AAAUCAAAUAAUUGUGUCGUCGUGUGCGUUAGUAUUUCUAGAUCUGCUUUUUAUUGGCACACUUCUGUAUUGUUUUGUCGAUGUGCGCAUAUGCUGGCAAUGAUACGAAUUGAAGCUACUUAGAAACGACCAUGCUCGUUACAACGUAUCGACAAAAUAUUAUUUGCGAGCGUUAGUGUUAACUAUAAAAAAUGAAGACUCAGACAUUAUGCUUCAUCCUUUUUAUAAUUAGUCAAAUUGAAUGUUAUAAAAUUCUUGUGCUCUUCGUUCAUCCUGGGAAAAGUCACUUUCUAGCAUUUGAACCGCUUUUCAAAGCCCUUGCGGAAAAGCAGCACGAGAUUACCGUUGUUAGUUAUUUUCCUCAGAAAGAGACGAUUGCGAACUAUACGGAUAUUUCGCCUAAAUCGAAAGUCUUUACUUAUACGGAAGAAAUUGUACUGGGAAAUUACGACGGAAGUUGGAUUUCAACAAUUAAAAGUGCACUUGUUCUUGCCGAAUUUUCGAAGAUAUCGUGCAAAGAACAUUUUUCCACAAAGGAAGUACAAAAUUUAAUAAAAAGUGAUGUUAAAUUUGACGUUGUAAUAUACGAAAUAUUUGCUUCUGAUUGUUUACUGGGAUUUGCUCACAAGUUCAAAGCUCCUUUAAUAGGAGUAAGUACACCUGGAACAGUGAUGCCAUGGGCCUACGAUAGAGUCGGAAAUCCAUCUAAUCCAUCAUUCAUCCUUAAUCAAUUUUACAAUCACUAUGGACCCUUCGAUUUCUCUGAGAGGUUGUACAAUACCAUUUUGGAUGUUUAUACUCGUACCAUUUACAGACUGUUAACAGUGCCAUUUGAUAACGAAAUAAUACGAAAACAUUUCGGCAAUGAUGUGCCUGAUGUCCAAGAAAUCGUCAUGAAUACGUCGAUGAUUCUGUUAAAUUCCCAUUUUAGCCUUAGUCAGCCUUUUCCACAAGUUCCGGCUAUUGUGGAAGUAUGUGGGGUUCACAUUCAAAACCCUAAACAACUAUCCCAGAAAACACCUUCGCCGGGAUUCAUCGACAUCAGCCUGAAAAAUACGACCAAUAUCGGCUUGGAAAUAAUAGAUGUUUCUCAAAAUAAAGGGUCACGUUUAAUGAAAUAUUUAGAUAUAAUUUUCAUCGAUACAUUUGCUAGACAGACAUGUGAAGCAAGUUUGAAGUCAGAGCAAGUGAGACAAUUUAUAAAUAGCACUUUAGACUACGACGUAGUUAUAGCAGAAGUGUUCAAUUCCAAUUGUUUUAUGACGAUCGCCGGAAAGACCAAGGCGCCGAUCGUUGGAGUAAGUUCAUGUUAUAUUCCAGUGUUUUGGAACGAUAUUUUUGGAAAUCCGUAUAAUCCUUCAUACAUUCCCAAUAUUGAUAUGGAUUACUCUGAUAAUAUGACCUUUUUCGAAAGAGUAGAGAAUCUUAUCACCAUAACAUACACUCUUUUCUACUUUAACUUUGUAAGUAAUAGUGCCGUGCAAAGUUUAGUGGAUAAAUAUGCACCCCAUGACCAGCCCAUUGCAGAAGUUAGUAAAAACAUAAGCCUUUUACUAGUAAACACGCAUGUAACCACAGCUAGACCGAGACCUUUCGUGCCAAAUAUAAUAGAAGUUGGCGGCAUUCAUCUACCUUCUUCCGUACAACAACUUCCACAGAAUAUCGAGAAAUGGAUCAACGAAUCGACUCACGGGGUAAUAUAUUUCAGUAUGGGUUCGAUGAUCAAAGGGCACACGUUUCCCGAAGAGAAACGAAAUAUGUUUUUACGAGUUUUCAAACGUCUUCCUCAACGAGUUCUGUGGAAAUGGGAAAGUGACAUGCCUGGAAAACCUGAUAAUAUCAUGAUUCAACGGUGGAUGCCGCAAUAUGAUAUCCUUUGUCAUCCUAACGUUAAAGCAUUCAUUUCCCACGGAGGAAUGUUAGGAACAACGGAAACAGUUCAAUGUGGAGUUCCAGCUCUUGUAAUGCCACAAUUCGGAGACCAGUUUACCAAUGCAAAAGCUCUUGAAGCAAGUGGAGGUGGACUAAUUUUUGACUUUUGGCGGGACGACGAGGAGACUCUGUACAAUAAAUUAAAACAACUUCUUGAACCCAGUUUUCAGCAAAAGGCGAAACAGUUAUCAGCCCGUUUCAAAGAUAGACCAUUACCACCUCUCGAAACAGCCAUCUACUGGGUUGAGUAUGUUGCUCGACAUGGUGGAGCUCACCAUAUGCGUACUGCAGCUGUUGGCAUGCCAUUGUACAAGUACCUCCUGCUGGACGUCAUCGCCUUCUUGUUGGCUGUCAUCACAGCCAUCCUUUGGAUUACAUAUAGGAUUGUUAAGUUUGUCGGAAGAAAAAUUAUUGGACAAUCAAUUAAAGUCAAAACUAAUUAAUUAUUUGUAGAAUUGUUGCCAAAUAUUAGUUAAUUAGAAUAAAUAAUAAACAAUUAUAUCUAUUCUAGGUUAAGUACACAAAAUAAGAUGGUUCCUGAUACUUAACCGACAAUUUACUAUUUAUUCUUAUCUUCAGAAAAGGAAAAUAAAGAACGUUAUACCCCUUUUAAAUAAACAGCAGUAUAAGUUCUAUUACAAUAACAAAUAUAUCAAACAAAAUUAAUAAUUAUUGUUUAUUUUUGUUAACAACUUUUUUUUCAAUUGAGCUAAAAGUAGUAUUUUAAAAGUACCUAGAACAUUAGUAAAAAAAUUGUAAUAAACAGACUGAGAAAUGAUUGUUAUUGUAUUGUUGUGUCUACAUGUGCAAUAUGAUUAAAAAAAGAAACGAAUA